AUGAGUUCUCCAUAAGAAGGUGAUAUUAAAUUAGACUAAGACGCCUUCCGUAGUGGUCUACAGAUCUUGGGUAAUCUGCUGAAGGAGAACUUGGAUCUCCUGGACACCUUCGCCAAACUCUUUAGGAAGAUGUAGUCAAUCAAUGAAUUUUUCGAUCUUUAUGAAGCGUUACAUUAUGAACUGAAAAUAAGGUGCGAAGAAACCUUAGUCAUCAUCGGUUAACUCGACAAUCCCUCUCUCCUCGAGAAAAGCAACGAAAUACCUAACAUCAUUACCAAUGAUCAAAAGCCAUCAAUCCAAGAGUAUAAAUUAAUAGAUACGCAAAUAUAUGACUUGGUACUUGACAUAAACAUGAGUUCAUCAUGGAAGUUGUUGGUGAACAACAAUGAGCUCAAAGGUGCUAGAGUUGCAGUUCUUGGUUUAUACGACAAAGGUAAAACGCACAUUCUAAACCAAUUAACAAAUCAAAAUCUACCCACAGGAUCCAAAAUAACAACCAAAGGAGUCAGUUUAAAAUAAUGCAUCGUUGACAAAAACAAUUCAUUUGUGUUGAUAGAUACAGCUGGUAGUUAUGCACCUGAAAAUCUUAAAAAUCUGAAAGAAAAAUAAUAAAUUGAAAAUGCAAUCCUUGAAAUUUCAUUCGAACUGACAGACUACUUUAUAUGUGUCGUAAAUGAUUUUACAAGCAUUGAAGUUAGAUAUCUUGAUUAGUUAGCUCGUAAAUUAAGCACCUCUCUUAAAUAAUUUAAGGAAAUAAUUGUAAUACACAAUCUCAAAGAUAUCACUAAUCCAAAUCUCAUUCAACAUGUUUGGUCAGUCCAAAUUGAAAAAAUAUUAGAAGGGAAUAUCUAGAAAUCAACUGUCGAAGCCAUGAAUCCCUUUACCAAUCAAUUGGAAGAAAAGUCUGUUAUGUGGUUUAAUACUGAAACAAGUAGACACAUCUGCAUUGUAAAUGACAAUUCAGAUUUGGGUAAGAGUAUUAAUCCAUGGACUUACAGUCUCCUUAAAUAUUGGCUUAAACUUGUAGUUGUCCCUCAUCAAAGUAAAAUAUUAAAAUAUAAUGACAUUGUUGAUGUUUGUUAACUGAAAAUGAGUAAUCUCUUAAAAAAACAAAUUAAAUUAACUGUUCAAGACACCCAUUUACCCAAUGAAAAAAGGAUCCUCAAAUAAUAAGCAACAUCACCCAAAUUCAAUCUAACCUUAACUACUCCAAAAUUGACAUCAACACCUAUCAACAUUGAAAACGAAGAAGCUGAGGAGUAUGAGCCAUCAAUAGACAUUAUUCAAGGAACUCAAUAUAUAAUACUGAUUGAUCUGCCUGGGGUUUACCUGGAAGAAGUUGAAAUCUAUAGAUAGAAUGUUACGACCAUAGUUAGAGGGCAUAAGAAGAUUUCGAUGUAUACUAAUAAAUCGACUUAUCUUAAAUAAGAAAGAAAGUACGGUCCCUUUGAUCUAAGAUUUAAAAUUCCAGAUGAAUAUGAUCCUAAAUGGAAAUACUAUGGCAUGAAUAAUGGAGUUCUUGGGAUUAUUUAUACUCUUGAUUCUGAAGAGUCAAUUCUACCAAAAAAGAAUUAAUUUUGA